CCAUUUCACCAGGACCUCAUCUCACGGCAAUCGAGCGCUCUCGUCUUCAACCCCUAUCAUUCGACCACGUCAGCGUUUCAUAGCUUUCAGAGCUAUAGCUGUGUGUGAGCAAGUUGACGGGCAGCGGAACCGGACGUGCGACUGAUCGCUCAGGAACACAUUCACUGUCUCGCUGAGUGCCAUUGGGAAAGUGGCAAAGCCAUAACACGCGAUAGGUCGGAUUCGGAAGACGGCAGUGCAUUGCUGCGGCCGUUUCCCCGUCUUGCGUGCCUCUCCAAGCGCUUAUAAUCAUUCACAACCAAACUUAGCUCUCCAUCUUGCACGAUACUUGCUGUGUUCUGACCGGCCGCUCACACGGAAGCAAGACGUUUCAUGACACCUUUCCCACAUUGAAACGCUAGGUCCCGCAACUUAGGUGUGAAAUAGUUGUAAUAAUAUAAUAUGAAAGCUGGGAACAAGAUGCCCGAGGCUGCGUACAAACCCCUCCCACAAGCCCCUCCCCCGUCUGAACCGCUCCUUGCAGACGAGACGGACGCGGCUGACCCACACGAUCUGGACUUACAAAAUCGACAUCAUCAUCAUCAACGCCAGAACCUGGCUUAUCGAUCGGAUUCGCCGUCACCUUCGCCGUACGUAGACGAUCCGAAGGUUGGACGGAGAUUUGAACCGCUUGAGAUGUCCGCGGAACUGAGUUUCGGAGGCGGACCGGGAGGUGUUGAGGCUGACCUCGGUGGUAACUCCACCCCUGUGAAGGAGGAACGAAAGGGAGACAAGAUUGGGUUGUAUGUCACAUUGGCAUCCCUCGGUACAUUAACGAUUGGUACUUGGAUUCUUGUGCUGUCGAACAACCCAUCAAAACUCGGCUUGUUCGCGGCACAUCCGCCACUACAGACUUUGGCAAUUGCAUGUUUUGGACUAGGCAUUUUGCUGCUCCAGCCCACGUCGCAACCGAAGACGAAGGCGCGCGGGCUUACUCGGCACCAGCUUGUGAUUCUUGGAAUCGGCUUGCCUUCAAUCAUCGUCGGCACCAGUGUCAUUUACGCAAACAAAGUGAUUCAUGAAUCAGACCAUUUUACCACCUGGCAUGCCACCUUUGGCUUAAUUGCGGUCGUAUGGAUGAUAGGCCAGAUGUUAUUAGGUGGACUUAGUGUGUGGUUUGGUGGACGUGCAUUUGGUGGAGGUAUGAAGGCAAAGAGUGUUUGGAAAUAUCACCGUGCGUCUGGGUACCUCUUGUUCCCAAUGUUCCUUAUGACGGCAGCCGUGGGUGGGAAUUACUCUUCGUGGGCGUCGUCGGUAGCGAGCGUUGGCGUGCGAGUGCUACUUUACACGCUGGCCCCGAUAUUCGCACUUGUGGGGCUCUGGAGCCGAAUGCGGACGUCGAAGAUGAAUUUCAGGCAGUAGUGAACUUUGAGUUUUGUUUAUCAAGUGAUGAUGAUUCUUCUCGUGUACUUUCAACUCUGUUUGUACCUCUCUCCGGCUAUGUAAUGCAUUACUCGCGGGAUUCGGCG